AUGCGGUUUGGAAACUUAGGAUUUGCUUCUCCUUCUUCUCUUCAAAGAACUUCAUUAGUUUGGAUCAAACCUCCUCAUUUGCACAUUAAAAUCAAUACUGAUGGAGCAUGGUCUCCAUCAAAAGCUGCAGUUAGUGUCAUUGCUCGAGAUGAAUUUAGAUCACUCCUGGUUGCCAAAGUCUUGUUGGUGAAGAGUUUUUCUCCCAUUGAAUCUGAAUUUAAAGCAAUUCUAGAGGGUCUUCAACUAGCAAAAUCUUUCAUCUUGGACCCAAUUAUCAUAGAAAGUGAUGCUAAAGUUGCUCUUCAAGUAUUCAAUUCUGUGACCCGAGAUCUCCAUGGAAGUAUAGCAUACAUUGAGACAGCUCAAGAAAUCUGGAAAGACCUUGAAGAUCGGUAUUCACAGGGCAACGUUUCGAGAAUCCACCAGUUGAAACGUGACAUCGAGCUCUUGAAUCAGGGUUUGAUGAAUGUAGCUGCAUAUUUUGCAAAACUGAAGGGACUAUGGGAUGAGAUGUAUGCCCUCAUUCUUGAACCUGUCUGCAUUUGUGGCGCGACCAAAGAUUAUGUGGCAGAAAGAGAACGGGAAAAAUUGUAUCAGUUUCUCAUGGGAUUGAAUGACAACUUCAAUUCUAUUCGAUCCAACAUACUGGCUAUUGAACCAGUUCCUGGAAUCAAUCGUGCUUAUGCGUUGAUCAUCCAAGAAGAACGACAUCAAUCGGCAGCUUCACAUCGUAUUGUUCAAAUCUGA